GGAUUUGCACAGACGCAUAACAUAUGCAUAAAGAAAUUGAUUGGUCCAUAAACGAAUGCAUAAGGAAAUAGACCAAUCAAUUUUCCUCAAUGACGCAGAGUAUACAAAAUUUUCAAUGCGCAUGCGCUUAAAGACAAAGAGACUCUCUCUUUGAGUCACUUUUUAUACGUCAAAUAUACUUUUGUGGGAGCACAUUUCAAUACAUAUGUAUAGAGUUUAAUGGUCCAGUCAUCUUUUUACGUGUUUCUUGUUUUUUACUUGUAUGACGCGGACAAACGCUUGACAGGACAAGUGAGUUUGUUCUACAUGAGUGCGCGCGCGUACAAUUUUCAUUAAUUGCACUUGGACUGCUAACCCAACGUGUUAAUUUCAUGGAAAAUAUCGCGUGUACGACAUUUCGAGAUUGCAGUACAACGGACGAAGCUGCAUUCGUAGAUCUCGAAAAAUCUAGAGUACAAAAUGAAGCCUUUGAUCGAAUUCGAAGAAUGUUUACGAGAUACUCCGAAAUUUCGAUCCUGCAUCGAAGAGGUGGAGAAGAAUAUAGAUCAACUUGAACAAAAAUUAGAUAAGGUAUUAAAGAAUUGCAGUCUAACCAUUGACACUGGGAAAGCCUUUGUUGGACAGCAAAAUCAGUUUGCUAAUAGUCUAUGGGAGUUAUCUAUAUACUUUAGCGAUGAUCCUGAGAUAAUGGCAUUCUUAAAUAAACUUAUUCAUGCUUUACAAGAAAUGAACAAGUAUCAUACUAUUUUGUUAGACCAAGCUUCUAGGACUGUGAUGAAAGAUCUUAAUAACUUUAUUAAAAGUGACAUUAAGAGAGUAAAAGAGUCCCGGCAUUACUUUGAAAGAAUUUCAGGCGAUCUCGAUAUUGCGCUAAAUAGAAACUCUCAAGUACCGAAAUCUCGGCCUGCAGAAUAUGAGGAAACUUCGAAUAUCCUGUCGGCCACUCGAUCGUGUUUUAGACAUACUGCGUUAGAUUACAUUCAUGUACUGACAAUGCUGCAAGCACACAAGCGACAUGAAAUAUUAGGCACAUUGCUGAGUUACAUGCAUGCAUGUAUUACUUAUUAUCACCAAGGUAGCGAUCUCGCUCAGGAUCUAGAUCCAUUUCUAAAAGAUCUCGAUGAAAACUUAGUUAAGAUGAGAAGUGACUCGAAUAAGCUUGAAAAGGAAAUGGAAAAUCGGCAUAUAUACGUUAAUAAUCGAGAUCUGAUUCCUUCUCCGGUACCUGGCAAUCCAAAAAUGGAAGGAUACCUAUUUAAAAGGACCAGUAAUGCUUUCAAAACCUGGAAUAGGAGGUGGUUCUGCUUAAAGGAUCAUCAAUUGGUAUAUCGAAAACGAACAGGUGACGAAGAUUAUACAAUUAUGGAAGAAGAUCUACGAUUAUGCACUGUAAAACCUGUGGUUGAUUGCGAUAGGAGGAAUUGCUUUGAAGUUGUAAGUCCGACAAAGAGCCACAUGUUGCAAGCAGACAGCGAAGAAACAUAUUUGGCUUGGGUGACUGCGAUGCAACAAGCUAUUGGUGCUGCCAUUCAGAGAGGUAUGAGUAUAGGUGCUGGCGUUAAUCCACAUGAAUCGCAAUCGCGCGAUAACAAGGGUCCCGUGAGACGAUUAACAAGACCGAAAUCGAGAGUGUGGGAACAGUUAUUAAAGAUCUCAGGUAAUGAAGUUUGUUGCGAUUGUGGUGAUGUUAACCCAAGAUGGGCUAGUAUCAAUCUAGGCAUUACACUUUGCAUAGAAUGUUCUGGUGUACAUAGAAGUCUUGGAGUACACUAUAGCAAAGUUCGCUCCUUGACUUUAGAUGAUUGGGAACCAGAAAUAUUAAAAGUAAUGGCGGAAUUAGGUAAUUCUGUUGUAAACAGUAUAUAUGAGGCUCUACCUGUACCUUCCAACAUUACUAAAGCUACACCAAAAUGCAAUAGUAAUGUUCGGGAAACUUGGAUAAAAUUAAAAUAUGUAGAUCGUAAAUUUGUAAAAUCUUUGACUGACGUGAUACCAACCGGGCAUCACGCUAGUCGAGAGCAAAUGCAUUUUCGAAAAUGGAGCGUGCGUAAGUUACGUCGUAGACCACGCAGUUGUGAUAAGAUCGAUCGUAGUAAUUGUAAUAAAACGUCGACAUUGUUAUCCGUAAAGGAAGGCCAUCAUUCAACGAGUUCAGAUGAUAGCAAGCACACGUCGAUCGAUAGUUUGAAUUCCGUUGGAAAAGCGAGGAAGACGGAACGGAAUUCAAUAAGCUCGGAUGAUAGCGCUAACGUAGAUUUAAAAAAUAAUUCCACUCUCUAUGGAAAGAUCUUGAAUCGUUCGCAAAACGAUCUGGACGAUGGUAAUAAACAUGUUAAGAAUACUGCAACUUGUGGAGAAGCUGCGAGCGGCGAAUCGAUGCAUGAUACUAAUCUGGUAGAAAGCGAACGGAAAGUAAAUGUAUCGACAACUGAUACUAGCACGCUUUCAACCGGUGAAUCGGACGACAAUUCCAGCAGACACACCGAUGAUACCAAAGAUGAUAAUAAAAACGUUUCGGAAAAUACAGAGCUUAAAUCAGAGAAGCAUUGCAAUGAAAAAACAGAAUCGGAUAUAUUAAUGUUUGGUUGCGAUGUACCAAAACCGAUUAUGGACGGUAAUCUAGAAUUGAGCUCUGAUCAAGAUUCAACGGCUGGCGAAGACGAAGAAUUUACCGAUGAAGAAGAUAUUAAAAAUCUGCAUCCCGACAUAUUGCUUUACAAAGCUGCAUUGGCACACAAUUUGCCCGUAAUGUGUGCAGCAUUGGCGGCCGGUGCUGACAAAUUAUGGUCCAAUGUUAAUGAUAAAAGCCGCAGUGCGUUGCACCAAGCGAUAAUAAGUGGAUCUGUCAUGUCAUGUGAAUAUCUUCUUUUGAAUGGCGCACGAAUCAAUUGUCAAGAUGCCGAGGGAAAAACACCGUUGCAUUUAGCAACAGAAUUAGGCCAUACUGCACAAGUGUGCUUGCUUCUGAAACAUCGCGCUGAUCAGCACAUCGAAGAUGAAAGUGGGAUAAAACCCUUGUCGAUCGCUGUAAAAGAAGCGAAUGCUGAUAUUGUUACCUUAUUACGACUUGGCCUACUAAAUGAAGAAAUGAAAGAUUCCGAAAUAGGCGUCACCGGUGAUGAAACAUUCAAUGACGUCGUUCGUGAUUUCAGUCAGUUAGCUUGCUCGCAUCCAGAACGACUGCAACGUCGAAAUGAAACCACGAAUCUGCAACAUAUGUCUGAAUGAGGUUUACAUAUUCUCAUAUAGCUAUUCACAAAGAUUUACGCGCGCGAACAAAUAUCUGGUAUAUUAAAAAUGCAAAAGUUCAAAUUGUCGCAAAAUAGUGAUCAAUCAUCACAUAAAUAUGAGUGAAAAGAGAUAUCGAGAAUCGUUUCAUAUAAAAAUAUCAUCAAAUAUAUUGAUUCUUUUUACUCGUGUAGAAAACUCUAAUUAAUUAUCUUAACAUUUAAAAUAGCCCCGUUAUAUUAUCUCAAUUUCUGAGAGAUGUAAUCUUUAUUAUUAUAAUAUCCUUAAGGAUAAUUCAUGAAUUAUAAAGUUUCAGUUCCUUUUCAUUUAUAAUUUUUCACUCGCAGAAUAUAAAGUAAGAUUUCAUAAAAAUUACACACAGGAUUUUAUAUCCAUCAGAUUGUAGCGUAAAAAAAGAAACAUCUCUUGUGAUUUGCUGCUAAUUGCAUAUCUCGCACGAGAUAUUGCACAUCUUCAAAAUACCCAAGAGCAAAUAUAAAAUAUCAACACAGAUAAAAUACGCGUUACAUAUGAAAAUACAUAUAAAUAUGCAAGAAUAUUUUCCUGAGUCGCGUUACAUCGAAAAUUUUAUUAUUAUAUGAUAAAUGUUGAAAAUUAUAUAUAACAUAAAUGGCCUAAUGAAGGAUAGAAUUCUAAGACAGAUUUUCUUAUGCAUAUAUCCUUAUAUUUUCAUAUAUCAGCAUGAUUAUUAUUUGCAAUUUAAUUCAAUGAAGUUGUUCUACAAAUCAUGUGUAGAGAGUAGCAUGACAAGAAUAUAAUGAAAAUCAUCAUCUUGUUACAAAUAUAUAGUGUGUCAAUGUAGCUUGUUAAAAUACCACAGUAUAGUAUAUAAUAAGCGUACUAUAUAAUUAAUUAUAAAUACUUUUCAAAAAAGAUAAAAUAUCUUUUUGUCUAUUUUAUUGUUAAUCUAUAUGUUAUAUAACGAAGUAUAAAUGUAAAAGAAGUAUCAGUUUUAUUGUCAAAAAUUUCCAUAUGUGUACAUAAAAUGUGAAAAUUCUUGUUCUGAUUAAUUUCUACAUAUUUUCUAAUAUAAACAAUUCAAUUUUAUAUAGGAAAGAGUUGUAUAGUGCAAUUGCACAGGAAUGCGGAAUAUAUCAUAAAACUAAAGAAAUUAACCGAAAUUUUAAUCAAACAUAUAUUUCUUGACUUAUCAAGAGAAUAAACAACGCAAUAUUAUUUGCAUGAUAGUAUAUAUACAUAAAUAUUUGCCAAUGUUUUGUAUUAUAUACAUAUAUGCAUGUUUUUUUAUGCAUUUAUAUUUAUAAUUAACAUAAUAGUAUGUAAGUAGGAUAGAUAAUAUGCGCAAACACAUUCCUAGUACUGUAUCAAUUUUUGUGUAACAGUUACAUAUGAGAAAACACAAUUCUCAUUUGUAUUGUUUAAACUGUUAACUCUUGUUAACAAGAGUUUUAAUUAAGAGAAAGUAAUUUAUAGUAAUUACUUUCUUAAUUCAAACUCCUGUUUUUAAAAAGUAUUAUGAAUGGCUGAUAAAAAAGAUGCAACUUUUUGAUAUUUAAUGUGAUCUUUGACAUGCGAUCUUUGACAUUUAAUGUGAUUUCAAUGUUGUUACCGAUUUAUUUGUAUUUAUUACACAAUGUUGGUAAAAACGCUUGAGUCGCUCAAGAAAGAAAGAGAAAACCAAUUAAUAUGAAUAAAAGAUAAAUACACAUUUUAAAUUUUGAUAAAGAUAUAUGGCAAUAUGACGCGCAAUUUAUAUAUUCACACACACACACACACACAUGCAUAGUGACUUUUACAAUUUGAUAAAAAAAUUCUAUUGCAAUGAUCUUUUCUAUUACUUUACAAAUAUUAUAUAUACCUUUUCAUAUAUAUGUAUUUAAUGAGAAAGAGUCUCCAUGCGCGAACGCAUAUUAAUAUUUUGUACUUAUAAAAUAUAUGUACCUUUUUGUAAUCUCUGCGGAUGUAUCGUUUUUGUAAGUUAUAAAAAAAUAUCAAGCGACUCGAUUUAUUGCUAAUUAAAAAAUAUUGUACGAAUUAUUAUUUUUUUACAAUGUUCAUAAAUUCGCCGAUAUGCGCAAGUUUGUGCAGGAUUCAUUUAAAAAAUUUCUUGCCACAAUGAAGAAUUAUUCGAAUUCUAUUCGGCUACGUAUAUGUUUUUAAUUCUACAUUGCGUCGGUUUGAAAUUUAAAGCGACAUAGCUCGUAAUAUGAUUUGCAUGGAAUUGAGAAAAGAAACCAAAAGAAUUUUUAACAAAUAAAGGAAAAGAGAGAGAAGAGAGAUAUGGAUAUAUAUAUAUAUAUAUAUAUAUACUAUAAAUAUAAAAAAACGUGUGAUUUAGCAAUGUAUGAUAUCGUAUAUAUAAAAUUUAUAUAAAAAUGAAGAUUAUAGUCUUAUAAAAAUUUCUCGCCUGUUAUAUUUACGUUCUACCACGUCCUUUCAGUAUUAGGAGACACACUUCUCACUCUGGACUACAAUAGCUAUGGAGUAUGUUAUUAACUGUUCCUCCAAUGUCCAUCCUUGCAUAAUUUGAAACUCGUUAUUCGAUUCCCAAACUAAGCGUGUUUCUUACGAAACAAAAAAAAUGCAUCGUCAAACAGACCUCUUACAUUGAAAGGAACGUAAAUAUCGCCGACUAAGAAAUCAUUGAUAAAUGUGUCAGCGUCAAGAGAGAAAAACAACUGUUUUAAUUUUAAUGAAUUAUAGUUUUAUUUUUAUAGUAGAAUUAUACUGCUUUUUUUAAUUAUGUUUUUGUAAUUUUGUUUUACUAAGGAAGUUUUAAUAAGAGAGAAAUUAAUUAAUCGAUGUAAAGAAAGAGCGAAGAAGAGAAAGUAAAUAAAAAAUCACUUUAAUCCUUGUAUUUUGGAUACUUGGAAAAAUCUGAAAUACUUCAUUUCAAUUGAACGGGUGUCAAUGCUUCAUCAUCGCGGUUAUCGGUUAUCGAGUGCGUGCAUGUCACGCAUGCACCAAUGUAUCAAACAAAUUUAUCAACCAGUCUCUUUUCUUUCUACUUUGUUUCAUUGCAAGAUUAAGGGACGCGCGAUUCAUCCUCAGCAUAUAAAUCGAAUAUUCAUAAUUCCAUUAAAUAUUGUGCGUGUAUCAUCCAUAUAUAUCACGUUGAGAAAUUUAUAAUAUAUUAUAUCCAUGAUAGAUAUAAUAUAUAUUUUCUCUAUAUGUUAUAAUCUUUUUUCUUUUAUACUAAAAAUAUUACAUGUUUAUUAUUUUUAAUUCUUUUAAUUAAAAACAAAUAUAAAUAUAAAAUAUCUAAUCUUUUUAGUACACAAGCAAGCAUGCAUUCGAGGGAGACUUUGGCAGAUCUACGCAUUCCCUUUUGGAAAAUGCGUAGAUCGGCUGAAGAAAUCACUAAGCGUAUCUAUAUAUGUAUGCGUAUAUAAUCACCAAGUUUGAUAUCGUAUGAUAUAGUGAAACUUUAAUGACCUGAAUAAAAAGUGCGUAGGUCCGCGGUUCUCGCGUUUCAUGUAUUCGCGUCGGUCACGGAAAACUAAAGGAGUUUAUUAUAUGCGUAAGAGGAGUAAUAAGCGCGCGACGCAUAUCGGUUUACGCACAAUUAUGCCGCUCGUCCGGCUCCCAAUAGAAGCGUAUGUUGCUUAUCGACUUUCAUAAUAUCAAUCGUGUUAACUGCUGUAAUAAUACGCACUGGGCGCAAGUUUAUUUUUCGGCGUCAUUGAUCCGUUAUCCAUUGCGUGCCGCACAAUUGUUCGAUUUUCUUCCCGUUUAUCUUCUUCAACGAUAAAGUUAUAAAAGCGAUUUAAAAGCAAUUUUAGGCACGUUUUUUUAACACCGACGUUAUCAUAUAAAAAGUUUACAUUUAUAUAUAUAUCGAUAUACAACACGGAAUCGUUCAAUUACAUUGUUGAAAUCUUUUAAAUUACAGUACAAUGUUUUGCAAAGGAGAUGAUGGAUGGUUUUAUGAGAGUAAUAAAUAAUCAUGAGUAGUUUGAUAGUAGUUGCGAAAUAUCUCAAGAUUACAACAAUAUUGCACAAUGUAUUUACAAUGCGUCAUCUUACAAUGAAAUAUUUCAGCAAUCUUUUUGCGAUCUUACAUACUGUAUGAAAGAGAGAGGGAAAGACCAAUAUACGAUAACCCAAUGUGCGUGACCGGAUCUCUUUUUCCCAAACUACCACGUCGGCUAUAAUCUAGUCAUAUCGCUCUAGUUUUAAUAUUCGUUUAAUACAUGAUAUCUGUGUUUACUAUACGCAACGCAUCGCGGGAGAUACAUAAAUUUUUAAACAAUCAACGACACCGAUAAAUAUCUCAAUGAGACCGAUAACGCGAUGUCUCAAUGAAUCCAGACGCGAAGAGACGAUAAUUAAAAAACGGAGCAUAUGACAAUAAGUUAACAGAAUUACUGGAGAGAUAUUUCAUAUCCUCGUCUAUGGCGAUAUUAUACAUCGUCAUUUUUAAAAUCCCAGAUAGCCAAAUCUGUCGAAAGCAGAUCAUGCCAAUCUGCUAUCAACUAUUAUCAGCGAAAAAAUUACAAAUUUGAUACAAUGAUCGUUAUUAUCGAUUAAAUCGACAAAUUAAUGUCAAAAAUCGAGCAGAGCCUGCUCACAGAAUACGACAGUAGAUUGAUGGCAGGAACAGAGCAGAAUCUGCAGUUUAUUACGAAAUAUUACAAAAUUAAAUUUUCUUUGAAAUAAUAUCAUUCGCUUACCCCUAUGCAGCGCACUAUUUACUAAUCUUAUACCCGUAUUCAAGUUUGUUAUGAGCGUAUAUAAUGCCUGCAAAUGCAAUCAGUUGUGAAAAUUGAGAAAUUAGUUGAAAGAACAAUUAAUUUUUAGAUAGUAAUUUUAACUAUAUUGUAAAUGAGAAAAGAAAAUAAAGUUGGAGGUUUUAAAAUU